AUGAAGAAUUGUAUAUUAACGUUUCUCCUCCUUGGAGAGAACGAUGCUACUUCUGGAAGAAAUCGGCAUUUGCGGCGAAGUCGAAAUCACCUAAGAGCGUUGCGGAAAGACGAAAAGCGCAUCAGCAAUUUAGACCCGAGAAUAACAUCAGGAUGCACUUUGACAAGGAGCGACGAUGUCGAGUUGUUGGAGACCUUUCAGUUCGUAGAACCGGAAUCGGGGAAGAAGAUUUUCUUCGGAACGAAUAUUGACGUUGAGCGCGGAAAUCCACAAGCAGCGAAAAACACGGUCCCAGGAGCUUUCCCCGAUGACGUAAUCUGGACGCGUUCGAAUGGAUACUGCGAUAAGGGCGUCUACAAAAGCUGGAACAAAUGCAACAUCAACGGAGAAUGCUUCGUCGAAUGCACCGACGGCCUUUGCCAUGAACAGCACAAAAAUGACGGCGAAAGAAUCAACGUUCCUGGCCAGUGCGACGAUUGGUACAGAAGAUGCGCGACAGAGUGUAAAAAUGAUCCCAAUUGCAAGGCGUUUACGUUUUUGGAUACGAACGUCUUGGGCCAUCCAGAAUACACCUGUCAUUUUAUGUCGGAGCUUCUUUGCAAACAUAGCGAGAUGAGCCUGAGUGAUCCGCGCUCUAGUUUCCAGGUCAAAGGGGCACACAUGGCGGAGCUCUACGCAAAAUAUGGCUCAGGCAGCUUUACAGAGCUCGACAAUGCUCUGGCUAAUGAUCCAGAGUUCAAGUUCGGCCACUGGUCCAGCUGGGGCUACCACGAGUGCCGUAAUACGCCCGCACCGGCUUGUGGCGAGGGAGUUCAGCGACGAACGAGAGUUUUAGAAAAUAGCGGAAGUGAAGUGGAAAGUCGACCUUGCUCCUUUUCCGACAACGAUGGCAACUUAAUCCCCUGCGAGACGAUCUCGGGCCCAGAAGAAGGCGAGCCAGGCCAUGGCUGGACAAGCUGGGGUCUUUGGAGUGCCUGUUCAAAAACUUGCGGAAAUAGCGGAACUAGAACACGUUUUCGCGGCUGUGCCGAGUGCCCCAAUCCUGAUAGCGAUGGCCUUUGCUCCGCCGAGAGUUUAGAAAAUUACAGAACAAGAGCUAUUGCUUUUAAAACAUCAGAAUAUGAAUUUUGCCCAAAUGGGGGAGAGAAAGAAAGCGAAAGCUGUCAGCUGGGCCGUUGUCUUCCUUGGACGCAUGGGCGAAAUGGAUGGAAACAAAAUGGCGUUCCUGAAUUUAAAAUUAAGCAUUUGUGGAAUAUUGGGAAGACUUCUAACUUCAGUGGAGACGAAACAGAUUGGGAAGGUGGCUGCAGAAAUUACGACGAAGCUUACAAAAUCCUCAACUUAGAUUCUGGCUCUCAAAGUCCUCCCUUUCACAAUCAAAAAUACACGUUUGCCGAGUGCAUCCGAAUUUGCCAAUUAGAGGAAAAAGCAAAUUGUCUCUCAGUCAUGUUCUUUCCAUCUAGUUCAAGGUGGGGACAACCUGACAUUACAAGAUUUUAUGGAAACGACGGUGACGGUAAUGCGCUUGCUGGAAACUGCUACUUGUUCAAUAAAAGAUGUCACGAAGAUGGAGCGCCACGUGAUGCUGCGUUCUUGGAUGAUCUCAGAGCGCAAAAAGAAGCUGCCGGCGAAGAAUUCACUGGCAAAGAAGCCGCAAAGUCCUGGUACGCUUACAAAGAUCUAUGCAGCGCGCCGAAAUCUUUCCUUCUGAGCCCUUGCAACUGGCUUUCGAACUACUACGCCGCUGAGUGCGAUUCUUCUGGAGAUCGUGGUUUUCCAAAUACUGAUGUUUGUCGAUGUCCAAUGUCUGGGGAUAGAUGGUCGAGCGUCCGAGCAUGGGGAAAUCCUUACGCACCGCGAUGGCAAUACGAUCCGAGCAUCGGCGCGAUUCAGCGACGAGAUAGAAAUCCUGACCUAGGAAACGGCCCUGUAUUCUACUCCGUGCAAAAGUACAACAACCGAAUCUUCAAUGGCAAAUCACUAGAAUUCUACGAAGAACACAUGCGAGAAGGAACGAUGGCUUGUCACAAUCCAUGUGACCAUAAUCGCUGUCAAAGUGGCUCCCAAUGUCAAUUGAACCCCGACGCCGAGUUUGGUUACGACUGCCUCUGCGAAUGGCCCUAUGCCCCGGAUCCUGAGAGAUUUGGAGAAGAUAAACUUCCACUUGGACUAGCUGGCUAUGGCGAUAACAACGGUUGCGUAAGCGUCGAUCACAGAAAUACAGCACCAGAUUAUAAGGAUAAUCUGAUUCUCUUCGGUGGUGGAUGGAACCCACAAACAGUCAGUGGGGAGACCCUUCCGAAACCACACUACCAGUAUUAUGGUCUGAAAUCCGAGUCGCCUCACAAAUUCAAAGUCUCGUUUGCACCCCAGCGAAUCCCAGCUACCGAUCCAGAUGCGCACAAGGCCAAGUUCUACAACUGCAUGAUGAAUAUUGAUGACAACAAAGUCAUGGUUGUCGGCGGUCGCCCUGGGCAGUUCUUUGAUACUUUUGACGACAAAACGUACGUGUAUCAAUGGGACGAGGAAGCAGAGGGAAUCGAAGAGGGAGGAAAAUGGAUCGACGUUGAUGGAAACAGAAUGGACGAUUCAAAAGAAGCCUGCGAGGGUCUAGCCGGCUGCGUUCGACAAAAUGAAUGGCCGGACUUGCCUUCAGUUUCAGUUUUGAAUUGCCAGGGACAGUGUCGAAACGGCGAUGCAGGCAGAGGUCCUACUGAUCCUCGAUGGCUACACUCCUAUUGCACCGUCUCCGCCGACUUCUGGAAUGGCAACGACUGGGAAGCAAGAACUUUUGAACUCUGUCAAAAUCGACUGCUUGAGACAUCAUCUGAAGAUGGAAUCGCUGUCCGAGGGCUUGAAGGAUUCUGGACUUCUGAAGAAAAUCCAAAUUAUCACAGCAACUGGGCCGAGUAUCGCCGCCUCAUUUUACUAACAAAGCCUUUCUACCAUCAAUCAAAUCUGCACAGUCCUGAUAUCGAGACCGCGCAAAUGCUCAGCAUCAUGACCUAUCAAGGAGAAGAGAUAACAGUCACUCGAGAGCUCCGAUGGAAAUAUCCAAUGAACUCGACUCUUUACAAUCCCAUUCUCGGUCCCGUAACCUUUCGGGACAUUAUGGCAAUCAACGGUUUACCAGACACUCGUCGGCCAAAUUUCCGCGAAUCGUUUAAAGACUACCUCGGCCCGGGACAACCCGCCUGUGGCGUUAUGGGAGACAAAGCGUACGUUGGAUCUGGAAAAUUUGCGAGACUGAUUUCGCUUGAAUACAACAAUGCAAAGAGCGAAAUUUGGCGCGUUGAAGAAGGAUCAGAAUUUCCAUUCCCAUUUAAAAAGAGCGAUGGGUCGCAAUGCCUCAUGAACAAUUUAUGGGGAACAGACCCAGCUUUUUGGAGAAAAGAUCAACUCCCUAACUUUAGGCAAAACUACGGAACAGUUGUUACUAAUCAGGGUCUUUGGAUCAUUGGAGGAUUGAUGGCUGCUUCUUCGGAUCUUCCUAAUCGAGAUUUGAACAAACGAUACAACAUUGAAGGUUGCACUAAACAUGGUCACUUGCGAGACGUUUGGGUUUUCAAUCCAAAUGGCUGGUCCCGAUCAGAAAUUCUCGGAGAAGCUGCGGGGAAGUACUCUGGCCUCGAAGCUAGCGAAAUUCUCCCGCAAAAGAUCGGCUAUCCUUUCGGCCAAGACAUGAAAUCACGAAUAUCGACGACCCUUGACCAGGAUUUCGAAGAGUUCCAUCUUUCUGACACUGCUGGCGGUAAUUUCUCCCUGACAACCGACAUCGCCAUCGAAGAAGGCUGGCAAUGCACAGGAGUCCAAGGGAAAUGGUGCAGAAAACCCUACCUGCCGAGAGAAACAAAAGGUGCUGAAGCGUUUGUCAUGUGCUUUGAACCCGGAACUGGCUCUGAAAAAUUAUCUUACACGAGAAGAUACGCUACAAAAACGAUACCUCGACGACCAAGAGUUUGUUCGGUUGAAGAAACUAAACACUCGGAUAAUCGAUGCAUCUGCUACAUUAUGAACGUCUCUGGUCAAUCAGGCCCAAAACAAACUGAAGGAGGCGCCGGUUUUAGACCAGAAGUAGACUACAUCGAGAUUCCAAGAGCUGAUGGAACUUAUGGCUCCGAUCAUGAGAGUUACGCUGAAGAACUCAAGGAGUAUUGCCCAAAUGCCGAAGCUUCUUUUCCAGAAGUCGAUGAACCGAUUGUUCAUGGAAACGAAUCUCCAGUAGCCGACUAUACCGAAUGCACAAAUAUCUGCGACGUGGAAGGCGCUCCAGAUUGCAAUCGAAUUUGGAAGAAGAAAAAUCUUCGACGAGCGUGGCACGAAGCUGGUAGAAUCAAGCACGCAAGAAUGGGCUUCCUCGCUGGCCAGAUCAAAGGAGAGAUCGUCAUCUGGGGUGGCGAGUGCUACGGACCAACGACCCAGCGGCAAUGGAAUCUUGACGGUUCUCCAAGAGCGACGAGGGUUAAUUUUCAGCCGAGAGCGUGCAAGGCCAACAUUCAAAAUGGAAAAGUCUUGAACGAUGACUACAUGGAGGUCUUCUCGUUCUUACGAAUGAACGCAGCUGGUUUCAUUUUCGGCGAACGUCGGUACGUAGAACUGGAAGGCUACGUAAAUGGACGAGUGAAUCAUGACGAAUCUGCUGUUGCCCAAUCUUAUAAUGCCUUCAACAAAGCCUUUUAA